GGAGGGGGAGGGGAAGCUUUAUUUAUAGAAAUGACAAUAGGGAGCCGGGAGAGGCCCCGAAGCAAGGUUCAAGUCUCGUGCUUUCUUCCUUAAAAAAAAAAAGAAGGGAGAAAGACAGAAAGAGAAAUAGGAGGAGGCUGCACUCCUGUUUUCAGCUUUGGCGAAGAUGGAUCCACGUUUCAUCUUUAAUCACGCCAGGCCCGGGCCCAUCUGUCUUGUUUACUCUGCCGCGGAGAGAACCGGCCUCGGUGGCGACCAUUACACCCGGCUAACAAAUGAGGCCCGGCUCAGCUACCACAGGAAGACAGCCUGGAUUUUCUUUCUUUGUCCCCCAUUCCUGAUACCCAACGAAAGCACCCUCUGACUUCCAGAUAGCACAGUGUUUUGGCCACGCAAAUCUCCGCAGACCGGCUGUUGGGGGAAAAAAGUGUUAGCCGUUUCUCCUGGACUUGCAAGGGAGAAAAAAUUUGGAACCAUAAAGUUGAAAACUUUUUUCUCUCAGUUUGGAAGAAGCCCUUCGUCAUGAAUGGGAUCCUCCGAGUUCGGGCCAGAGGAGGCGAGAGGCGAAAAGCCAUCAACUCUCUAGGUAGGAUCCUCAGGACACCACGGUCUGCAUGCAGCUCCUGUUGCUAGACGGUGCCAUCUCUCCUGGUGCAUCCAGAUGGGAGAAGGCAAAAGUGAAGUAUCCUAACCAGGCCACAGGGUAGUGGCUGACUCUAUGUGAAGAGAACAAGUUUUCCAAGCUGCCUGUGGAGGAAAGAGAGACUGUCUGCCUUCUAUUCUAUCCCCGAAGUUCCAAGUCAGCAGUUAGGCAGAGCUGCAAACCCUCCUGCUUUUGGAAAUGUCCUGGUGCUGUUUUUGUCUUUUUCCUCCACCCAGAAUGGCUCUUCCCCACCCCCACCCCAAAUCUGCAGACACCUACAUUCUUGGCUCCUGUCUUCCUCCUACAGGCCUCCUUGACUUUUCCUGCUCUUCUCAAACCCACUCUAAGAAAAGUUUAGUUUUGGUAGUCGUCCUCUUGUGCCAAGACUCGUAAAUCUUGCAGAGCUAAGAAAAACAAACAGGUUUGUUCUGAAUAAUAAUACUGCCCUCUGUCUCUUCUGUCAGUUCAUUUAAAGUUAAGGCGUUUUGCUAGUUCUCAUCUUCUUAGAAGUUCAAAUGUCUUUAUCACCUCUCAGCUCCUUCCGCCUAUCUGGAGGUGAGAAUUUCAUCAGAAACUUCUACGAAGUUCUUAAAGCCUCUGUAUUGCCGGCCACAUCUGGAGGUCAGGCUAAACACACGGUCCUCCUUUCGUCAUUCGCUCCUCAACCUCCCCUCUCCCUCCCUGCAAGAUGGUCUGAUUUUUUUAAAUAAUCACUCACUACUUGUUGUCUGUUUCUGAAAAAAAAAAAAAAAGCAGAUGGGGGGGGGGGGGGAUUGUUAAAAAAAAAAGGUCUGACUUUCCCGUCUACCGGGAAACCCGGCCUGGUAACAUCUGCAGUUGAGAGGAAGAAUGGGUGUAGAAGAAACAGGCUGGGAGACUCAGAAAGACCCAGCCAGAGCAAGGGAGUGGGACACUUGGCCACUGGCCCCGGGGGAAUGAAACUACUUUUUAAAAAAGUUCUGGUGUUUGGCUGCAAACGAGUGCAGGGGGUCACCCAGCACCCUGACACCUGCAGUGCCUUUGACUGGGCCUCCCAAUCCUACGGUUCCAAUUAGCAUAAUGGUUACUAGGGGGUGUGGAGGAAUUGUGCACAAAUCACUGGCUUUGCCGUGUCUUUGCUCUCCUCUUCCUGCCCCACCAAAAUCUCAAUUUGAAAAUUUACCUGUUCUUAAGAAAAAAAACAACCGAACAGAAACAGACGCUGAACAAAAACCUCUACCUUCUUUUCCUUCCUCACUUUUUUCCCCAGGGAGGGGUAUUUUAAAAUCUUCCCCCUCCCCCACCAUCUCCUUCCCUCCUUAUCAAGCAUCUAAGCUUGCUAAAGGGGGAGAGGUGGGGUGUGUGUGUGAGCUUGUAUGUGUGUGAGUGAGUGAGUGAGUGUGUGUGUCUGUGUGGUUUUUUCCCUGUGCAAAAGCAGAGGCCAUUGUUACGGAGAGUAGGGCGUACCAGUCUUAUAGGGCAACCACACUGUGGCGGCUUGGCCGCGCCUGAGCCCGGAGCUGGAUUCUCGGCGAGCUGAGCCGCCCAGGCACCUUUCGGUCUUCUUCUAUUUUUCUCUCCGCUCCCUCACCCCCUCCCUCCUGCGCACCCCCGCUCCUAAGCCGGGUGAAUUGAAGCGGACGCUGCGCGGCUCCUUCGGCCGGAGGGGAGAUUUCUCGCCUGCCGCUCGCGCUGGGGCUCGAUGUGAAUAUAUAUUAUGUCUGCCUGUUCUCCCCUCGUCGGUGGCUAAGGUCAGCCGCUACCAACGGACCCCGGGAGGAGGGGGGCAGAAAGGGGAGGGGGGGUCCGGCGCCUCACGUGACCCCCAGGGGUGCCAAUGUCCGGUCGUGAGGGUAUCAGGCCCUUGCAAGUUGCCACCCACUGCCCGGGCCUCGCCCAGCGAUGCAGAAAGCCACCUACUACGACCACGCAGCGGCUGCACUCUUCGGAGGCUACUCCUCGUACCCUGGCAGCAAUGGCUUCGGCUACGACGGCCCUCCCCAGCCCCCCUUCCAGGCCGCCACGCACCUGGAGGGCGACUACCAGCGCUCAGCGUGCUCGCUGCAGUCCCUGGGCAACGCCGCCCCGCAUGCCAAGAGCAAGGAGCUCAACGGCAGCUGCAUGAGGCCCGGCCUGGCCCCCGAGCCCCUGCCCGCCCCGCCUGGCUCACCCCCGCCCAGCACCGCACCUACCAGUACCACUAGCAACAGCAGUAAUGGGGGCGGGCCCAGCAAAAGUGGCCCCCCCAAGUGCGGCCCCGGCUCCAACUCCACCCUCACCAAACAGAUAUUCCCCUGGAUGAAAGAGUCGAGGCAAACGUCCAAGCUGAAAAACAGCUCCCCCGGCACAGCGGAGGGCUGCAGCGGCGGCGGCGGCGGCGGCGGAGGCAGUGGCGGCGGCGGCGGCGGCGGGGGAGGAGACAAGAGCCCCCCGGGGUCGGCGGCGUCCAAGCGGGCGCGGACAGCGUACACUAGCGCGCAGCUGGUGGAGCUGGAGAAGGAGUUCCACUUCAACCGCUACCUGUGCCGGCCGCGCCGCGUGGAGAUGGCCAACCUGCUGAACCUCAGCGAGCGGCAGAUCAAGAUCUGGUUCCAGAAUCGGCGCAUGAAGUACAAGAAGGACCAGAAGGCCAAGGGCCUGGCCUCGUCGUCAGGGGGCCCCUCCCCCGCCGGCAGCCCCCCGCAGCCCAUGCAGUCCACAGCCGGCUUCAUGAACGCCUUACACUCCAUGACCCCCACCUACGAGAGCCCGUCCCCCCCGGCCUUUGGCAAAGCCCACCAGAAUGCCUACGCGCUGCCCUCCAACUACCAGCCCCCUCUCAAAGGCUGCGGCGCUCCGCAGAAGUACCCUCCGACCGCAGCGCCCGAUUACGAGCCCCACGUCCUCCAAGCCAACGGGGGCGCCUACGGGACGCCCACCAUGCAGGGCAGCCCCGUGUACGUGGGCGGGGGCGGCUACACGGAUCCGCUGCCGCCCCCUGCCGGCCCCUCCCUCUAUGGUCUCAACCACCUUUCCCACCACCCCUCGGGGAACCUGGACUACAACGGACCGCCCCCUAUGGCCCCCAGCCAGCACCACGGACCCUGCGACCCCCACCCCACCUACACAGACCUCUCCUCUCACCACGCGCCUCCUCAGGGUAGAAUCCAAGAAGCGCCCAAAUUAACACACCUGUGAUGGCAGAGAGAAGGCAAAAGGACGAGGUCAUGGGGUAGGGAGACAUCCAGGAGGGGCGAGG